ACUUGCGGUUUCCUGGUGCCAUCCGAAGAAGAUGUCGUCGAGGAAUCACUUCCGCAUUUGAGACCCCUCAAGGCUCAUCCCCAUGUCUUGAGAAAUCGGGCACCGUAUGGAAUCAAUGAUUUUGAAACAAUGGUUAAGAAUAACAAUUUCAUCGUGGACAAGACCCCAUGGAUCGCGGAAGCACUAACUGGACCUUGGUUGAAACUGAUUACGCGACCCCGUCGGUUUGGGAAAAGCACGAACUUGUCAAUGCUAGAAGCCUUCCUGACUAAGGAUGAGAAGCUAGAAGCAAUGAACUUAUUUGCAGGUUUUAGUAUCCAGAACGAUACAAAGUUCGAGAAAAUUAGGAUGAACCAUCAGCAUAAGUAUGCUGUUUUGCAUUUUAAUUUGUCAGGUUGCAGCUCCGUCUCUACGGCUUUGGAGUUUGAAGACUGGUUCCUUCGAUACCUAAAAAGGGUUCUGGGUCGCAAUCUUCGUCAGUACCGUCGGUUUUUGAAACCAAGAGAGGAACAAUGGCUAGACAACAUAAUCGAUGGAGACGGAAGCCUGCAGAGAGUGCUAGGAGGUUAUCACAUAUUGACACAGAUACUUCAAGAUAAAGGUUACAAAAUAGCUGUACUUGUUGACGAAUAUGAUGCGCCACAUCAAUCGUCAAUAAAACAAGCAAUAUCAGAAACUGCAGAGGGAAAGCGUUCCGUUGUUGGUGAAUCGUAUGCAAGAGCUGUAAGUUUGACGACAUCCUUUUACACGUUUUUCUUCAAGAGCGGUCUACGAGUCCAUGUGCAUUGUGGUAUAUUGAUUGGGAUUAGUCUUAUCCCAACAACUAGUCUCUUUUACGCUGAUUUUCUUUCGAGUUUCGAUGUGUACUCCACCGUUGAUGAUGAUAAAUUUGGACCCUACUUCGGUUUUUUGGAUCACGAGGUAAAAUGGCUGAUUGAUUCCGUGGGGACAAACUUAUCAUUUGAAGAAUUAGAAGAGUGGUAUGAUGGCUACCACUUCGGCGCUAGUGUCGUAUUCAACCCGUUUGCUGUUGUGUCAGCAUUUCAUGAAG